AUGUCCGACUACGCCUCCCUAAAGGUUCCAGAGUUGAAGAAACUCCUCCAAGAGAAAUCCCUACCUGUAACAGGUAACAAGGCCGACCUAAUCGCUCGUCUGCAAGACCAUGACAAGUCCCAGAACCCCGCUCCCGUUCGCGAAAACGAGGACGAGAUUGAUUAUAGCGAUGAUGAAGUCCCGACCACGUCAAAGCCUUCAGAAACUGCGAUAGCCGCCGAGUCCGUUGAACCGACACCAGCUCCAGUUGAAGAGAAGUCUGCCGAACCUAUUGAGCCUGUGGAGAGUGCGCCAGACUCUGUUCCGACCACAGAUAAGCCGGUUGAGGAUGGGGCUGAAGAAACCGUCAAGACAGAGGCUCCAAAAGAAGACUUUUCUGCGCACCUUCCUGCAUCUAACGCAGAUGAAGAGGCACGCAAGCGUGCCGCGCGAGCUAAGCGAUUUGGCGUAGUUGAUAAUGACGAGGACAAGAAGAAAACUGAGCGCGCUGAGCGUUUUGGUGUAGAUGAUUCCUCUCUGGUGAAGGGUCUCGACGCCGCGUUGCCCGAGAAGAGGCCAUCGAAGCGAGGCCGGGAAGGUGGUAAUGCCGAAGUUGAACGAGGCGCGAAACGACAAAACCCCGGUGGUCAACAAAGAGGCAAAGGUCGUUUUCGCCAAGGUAGAGGCGGUAGGCCGAAUGGCGCUCCUCGAAAAGAGGGCAGGCCGAAUGGCGCAAAGGGGAAGCCCGCUAUUCUAAACGACCCAUCCGAAAAGGCAAAGGCCGAGGCGCGGGCAAAGCGCUUUGCUGGUGGUUCAUAA